CAAUAUCUUGAAAGUAUAUUCUAAAGUCGUGACUUCAGAUACAUAUACAAUAAUAUAUAUUUCUAAAAUAUUCAAUAUAAUUUUUAAUUUUUUAUAAAAACAGUUAAUAUAUUUAUUCGUUUGUAAAGAAUUUUUAGUAUUAUAUUUAUUUGUAAUAUUAAAAAAUUGUAAAAUAUAUUGAAAAGAAGAAUAAAAAUUUAAAAAAUUAUAAAAAAAUAAAAAGAAAGAAAAUGAUCUUUAAAGAUAAAUGCGCAGACGUGGUUUUGUACUGAAUCGCUCGUGUCCCGUCAAAUAGAGGGAGUGAAACAGCACCUGCUGCCAUUCUGGCAUUACGUCAAUGGUAGACAUUUCAUUUGCUGGUUGGGGAGGAGUUACCGUGACCGCCAUUGUUACAGAUCUUUCAUAUUAAAGAACGUGAUCUGUGAAUUUAUAUUGUCAUAUUGUUGAUUUCAUCGAAUUGUGUUUAUUUUUUAGAUUUCCGCAACAACAGUACAGAUAUUAGUAAGAGUGUUCUUAAGCAUAGCAUGUCCACUAUGAAUCCCGAGUAUGAUUACUUGUUUAAGUUACUUUUAAUUGGAGAUUCAGGAGUUGGGAAAUCAUGUCUUUUACUCCGUUUUGCUGAUGACACAUAUACAGAAAGUUAUAUCAGUACUAUUGGUGUAGAUUUCAAAAUACGAACAAUUGAUCUAGAUGGAAAAACAAUAAAAUUACAAAUUUGGGAUACAGCAGGUCAAGAACGGUUUAGAACAAUUACAAGUUCUUAUUACAGAGGUGCACAUGGUAUUAUUGUUGUUUAUGACUGCACAGAUCAGGAAACAUUUAAUAAUGUUAAACAAUGGCUCGAAGAAAUUGAUCGUUAUGCUUGUGAUAAUGUGAAUAAGUUGUUAGUCGGCAAUAAAUGUGACCUUCAUACUAAAAAAGUUGUUGAUUACACAACAGCAAAAGAAUAUGCAGAUCAACUUGGUAUACCAUUUUUGGAAACAUCUGCAAAAAAUGCAAUGAAUGUAGAACAAGCUUUUAUGACAAUGGCUGCAGAAAUAAAACUUAGAGUGGGUCCUCCAUCAAGUGGUAACAGUGAUCCAGCAAAUAAAGUGAAAAUAGAACAUGGACGUCCAAUUGAAUCCUCUAAAUCUGGAUGCUGCUGAGAAAUGUAAUUUUGCAAUUAAAACCAAAAAGGACAUCUUAUGGUAGCAGUUUUAUACUGCUUAAAGAUAUUACAAGAAGACAUAAGAAAGAUUGUGGAAGUUUCAGUUUAUAUUAAAGAAAAAAAAUAAGGUGUGAAACAUUAUUAAUUAUGGACCACCAACUCUGUUAUAGAGUUGAAUAAAACAACUUUUGUUCUAUCUUCUUUUUUUUUUAAGAAAGAAGAACAUAAUUAUUCAUUUGCUAAUUAUUUAAUGCAAAAAAUUGACCAUAGAAAAAUUUCUCGAAGCAUUGAUCAUUGAUUCUAUGCAAUGAUGUGUUUAACAGCAAUUCGAAUUUAUAUAAAAUACGUAAUACUAUGUAUCGUGGUUAUAAAGAUAAGCACUUUUAUUUUUUAGCGUUAUUGUAAUAUGUAUAAUUGAAUAUUUUUUGUCUUAGAACAAGUCAUUCUUACUCUUCAUACUACCCAAACAUUUUUCCACAUCUAUUCCAACUCUUGAGAUAAAUAAGAAUUAGAGUAAUGAUAUAAUUGAAACAUGCCGUCGUUGCUGCCUCCCUCUUUUUUUCAGUGCUCAUUAGUAUAAUUUAACGAUAUAUUAAUAAAUAUUUCAAUACUAUUACAAAAAGUUGUAAUACUUAUACAUACAAAAAUGUGUAUAUGUGUAUGUGUAUAUUACACACAUACACACACAGAGACAUACACACGCGCGCGCGCACACACAUGCAUAUUAAAAACACUUCCAAUUGGUAACUUCUAUAAAGUUACAUCAAUUUUUUAAACUUGCUACUCAUAAAAUUUAUGAAACUAUUCGCCUAUUAUAAAUACAUCAUACUGUUUGUAAAAUAUUCUAUUCGCUUGAUAAAUUCAAUAUAUUUUGUUCUGUAACUAUAUUCAUAAAGUGUGUUUCAUAUGAAUUUGUAAGAUAAAAUUUUUUAACUACAAUAUUACUUUACUUUUGCAUCAAUUAUUAUUCAAGUCUAGUUAUAUUAUUUUGUAUUACAUACUCGUUAUCAAUUGUUUUUGCUUAUAAAAAUACUUAAAAAAUAUUUAAUAAAUCAAAUUGCUCUAAUAAAAUUUUAUUCUGCAAUAUUAAUACCAAAAAA